AUUUAUUUUGCUCCUUGGAUACGUGAAGCGCAAAAAUGUCGCCGAGUAGAUACUUUGCGAUAUUCUUUCUGGCAUUCUUCGUAAUUACGGAGGUGAAAUCAACCAAUCCAUUCUCAUACGCGACUGUGCAACAAUGUAGGUCUAUAGAAAAUGGAGAAUUUUACUACAAUGUGGCAGAAUUAAAGUGUAGUCCUUGUGGAGAUAACCAAGAAACCACAGCUGAUGGCUUAUCAUGCAAGUGCACUUCCUACUUCAAAAUGACUCAGAAUCAAGGAGGUCCUGAUAUACAGUGCACAGUAUGUCCACCCGGUCAGAGAGCAACCCUGGAUGGGUGGAACUGUAUAGCCUGUGACAUUAAUCAGCUAACAGGAGAAUGUCAGGCUUGUCCAGAGGGUCAAAUUGGUGUUGAGUAUACCAUCACCAGGGAGUUAUUAAGCAACAGGACCUGUAUGCCUUGUUCCAGCACAUCACAACCUGAUGGUUCAGCUCUCGAAUGUGGAAGAUGCCCUCAGAGUUACAUCGCAGAGAGUCUGACAGGAAGCUGCGAUUGUCCCACUAUUAGUCCAGCGAACGUUGAUGUAUGCUUCCCAGCAUCAAUCAUCCUUCCAAACCCAAGCUCAGGAGCCUUCAAUGUACCAUACAGUGUCCUUGAUCAAGACCAACUCACGUCAUGGUUCUUUCAGGAAAACUUUGUGGAAGUUCUUGGCACAUGUCAAAAUUAUCGUAACUUCACUGGAUGUCAAACCUGGGCUAACCUAUGUACUAUGGUACUGACUCGGACUGAUCAACAAGCGUGUCAAGAUUACAGGAAUUAUGUGAAUACCAUCACAGAGACAGUCAAUGGUAUUGAUGAAUGGAAAGCUGAUAUGCCCUGGCUGUAUUAUCAAUCUGGUGAAGCUGAUAUGGAUCUUUUAAGCAGAGAUAUUCCAACCAUCUUCACCUUUGAUAGAUCUUCUGAUGAUAGUAAACUGAGGCUAGUAGUAGCACAGUACACACAAACAGGACAGUUUCUUGGAAUAGUACCUGUCACAGGAGGCAAACUACAGUUUUGCAAGGAUACAGAAGAGAAAAUGGAUGCUGCAUAUUCGUUCGCUACAACAUACAGGAGCAGUUGUGUCCUACCAUCAAGGGACUUCUGGGAUGAAUAUGAAACGGUGUUCUUUGACAUGUAUAUGAUAACCGAAGAUGAAUUUAGAAACAGUGUUCUGUAUCCUGUUCCUGUUCUCAAUUCAAACUUUGGCGCAGAUAAUCAAGGAGAUAAUCAGCUUCUAUGGCAACUGACCCGUCGAUUCUACCUUGUGGACAAUGUGAGUGGGAAGGUCAAUGCAGAUGACCCAGCUAGUGCUCUACGUUAUGCAUCAAGUAUUGAGAUUAGAGUAUCCCUGCGUGAAGGUACGUCAGCUGGGCUGAUCUACCCUCCAUACAUGAGAUUGACAUACUCUGAGCUUUCAAGAGAGACUGAUUACACAGAGGAGACAAGUAGAACAGUUUCCUUUGCUGUGAUCUAUUCACAAGACCAGUCCUCAGCAUUCCAAGCUAUGUCUAUCUGCAUAGGUGUGUUCUGUGCCCUCUUUCUCCUCUAUGCCAUGGCUAAGACCAAUGCCUGGCGAAGGAGAGCUGGACUCAUUGUCAUUGAUAUAGCCUCUAUGUUCAAGUUCAUCUUGUUUGCCUGUGGUCUUAUCGCUGAUGCCUUCUUAAUUGUCACCGUGGGAGCGUCAUUGUACUGGACUCUAUUCUUUAAGCGUCAAGAUAAAGUAUACCUCCUGCUUCCAACAUCAGGCCAGGCUAGCUCGUUCAAUAUCUAUGUUAUUGUAGCAUUUGUUUUGAAAUUACUAGACGUGAUACACCUGCUGGUAAUUCAGUGCCGUACAGAUAUCUUUCUGAUUGAUUGGGAGAGGUCACGAGGUCGUAUGGUGCAGGCCAACUCAGCAUCCAACACCAAGGCUUCGGUAGCACCCAUCAGUGCUUGGAGGUCAUUCUUUGUGGCUAAUGAGUGGAAUGAACUACAGGAAAUGAGGAGAUCCAAUCCUGUUCUUCAGAUCAUGGCGGUGCUCUUCUUUCUGGAGGUUGUGGGUCUGAAGAACCUGACUACCACAGAUCCUCAGAGCAGUUUGAACCCAACCAAUGAUGAGUACAUCGGAGAGUAUUCAGAUAUCUUGAGGUUUGGAAUGGCAUCAGGAUUGUACAUCCUUGUUGGAGUUAUUCAGUGGCUAUUCUACACACUCAUUUAUGAGAGGUUUGUAGAAGAUGUGCUGAGGAACUUUGUGGAUCUCUGUUCCAUGGCAAAUAUCAGUGUAUUUGUACUUUCUCAAAACAACUAUGGUUUCUAUAUCCAUGGUCGCUCUGUUCAUGGAUUUGCUGACACCAAUAUGAAAGAAAUCAAGACCCAAUUCAAGAGAGAAGAAGACAACCUAGUUGGACAGAGAGGGUUGGAACCAAACACAGAUCAGCAAACCUUUGAAAUGCUUCUUAGUUCAACAUUCAGAGAGAGAUAUAACUCCAUCGUGCUCCCAUUGAGAGCACCAGGAGCAGCAAGAGGAGCUGGAGCUGGUAAUAAUGAUGAUAAGAUAAGUGAAGCUUACGUCUCUCUUAACAAGUUCCUGUCUACAUUCAUUGAUCAUGGUAUGUCAGAUGUUGACUAUGUUGUAAAGGAUAAGCUUCUGUUUGAGAAAAUCCUGGACAUGGAAUUCUACGACCCCACUGAUAAAGGUUUCUUUUUUAAUGAUGACGGUCAUGCUUUCCAGAAAGCUAUCUUCUACGGCCAUGAAGCUACUCUCCUGGUGUUUGAGCUUCUUCUCUUCUGUAUCGUAGAUCUCAUCUUUACCAACUAUGUCUUAGCUGGAGCUAUCACCUACAUCACCAGUAUGAUUAUAAUCAAGAUUCGGGACAGUUUCGGAAGAAGUAACGUGGCAAGAAAGACGUUGGUUGAUGAACGCUUUUUAAUCUAAUCCUUGCCGCAAUGCCGUCCAGCUUAUUUUAACAUGUAGAUAUCAACUUCCUUCCACAUAUCAGUACUGUUAAUUAAUUUAUGUUAGUUUUCAUGCCCUCUACUUGAUUUGAAUUAUGAAACAGGUGAAAAAUUAGAAGGGAGUAUUGCAGAUAGUUCCGUUCAUCCGUGAUAUUGUUAUCACCACAAAUAAUUUGCCCAUAUCGAGGGUUCAUCGACACAAAGACGUAACUCCAUAUAUUGCCAUAAUGAGUAUUUGGUAUCAAAAUGUUCAGAAAAAUGUGGG